AUGGGGAUAUUAAGUUUAAAGGGAAUAACCCUGUUUGGUUGCUUUUUCAUAAUUGUUUUAACUGAGAUUGACGGCCAAGCGCGCCGUAUCGCGGUUCCUGCCCGUCGUCCAUUAACCAGGCAGUUAGGGACCGCAUGUUCCCCGCCAUACUUUCCCAACGGUGAUCCAAAAAUUCGAAAUCGAGGCAGAAUGAUGCGGUUCGAUUGUUCGUACGGUUUCAAGCUGGUUGGCAAUCGGUACUCCAACUGCCAAAAUGGACGCUGGGAUACAUCGAUUCCGGUUUGUGUUAAGUCUGGGUGCGAUAUGCUGCCACUGGUGAACUCCGGCUAUGUGCUGUACGAGAUGAACAAAGCGUCCGCAUGGCUUUCGUGUUUUGAUGGGACGGAGUUGGCCGGAUCCAGAAACACGUACUGCAACGGAACGCACUGGGACCGGCCACUGGGUGUUUGCCGUCGGACGGGCCAGGGUACGCCAACUAGCUGCGACUUUGAGGGUGAAUCACUGUGUGGUUGGUCAAACGACGUACUGCACGAUUUCGACUGGAAGCGAAGCGACGGAACGCUAAACCCACGAGCGCUCAGAACUGGGCCCAAGUACGAUCACACCACGAUGCAACCGAAGGCAGGACACUUCAUGAUUGUCGAUUCCAGCGAACAGCUUACGAAUGACACGGCCCGCUUUGUAUCGCCCGUAUUCGAAACGGAACUUAGCGUUGGUUCAUGCUUUCAAUUUUACUACCACAUGUACGGCGAAUCGGUUGGCACGCUGAACGUAUACGUCAAGCCGAUAAGCAGUGAUCUGUACGAUCUGCAGCCCGUUUUCGUCCAACAAGGAAACCAGAAGAACAUUUGGCACGAAGGACACGUGGAGAUUCCAGUCCAAUCGGAACGGUUCCAGAUCGUCUUUGAAGCAAGCCUUGGAUUGCGCUACAAGAGUGACAUUGCGAUCGAUGAUGUUUUUCUGUUGCAGGGUGACAGCUGUCGCGUACCGGUUGAGGAUAGUGAGGAACCUCCGCCGGAAGCCGAAAACGUUCCGGUGAAGAUUGAAUCGUGUGAAAAUCGGUGUGGUAGCAAUAUGGCAGCUGUCCUGAACAGCAGUGAUACGAUCGUGCACUGUGAGUGUCACGACGACUGUGUGACUAGCGAAACCUGCUGUCCUGACUAUCGCGAACGGUGUGUUUUUGAGAUGGUGCCGGUCGUGGGUAGCAACAUAAGUACGACUUCCACAGUGCCCACAACAUCAACUACGGUAAAGGUAACUACUCCGGAACCUACAUCCACAACGUCCACGGUUGUAGUGACUACUAGUUCCACUACCUCCGCGCCUACUACUACAACUAGGCGAACAACGGUUACUAGCACAACUGCCAAACCGACAACAUCUACUACCAAACCAACACCGACUACCCCCAAACCAACCACGACUACCUCCAAACCAACCACGACUACUUCCAAACCAAGCUCGACUAGCUUCAAACCAACUCCGACUACCACGACCAGUACUACUCCGAAAACAUCGACAACCUCCACCGUUGCUUCAUCCACCACGAAGAGAUACAAUCUACGUCCAUCCCGACCGAGGUAUGUUCCGUUAACCUUUAGACCCCGGUUUUCCACCCCCUCAACUACGUCCACUUCAACGUCGACUACUUCGACGUCCACCUCCACAACGGUGACCACGACAUUACUCAGCACCACGACCCAAUCUGACAUAGCAUAUGAGCCGACAGCGCAAUCCACAACGGAAGAGGUGAUUGCACCCGGUUUGGCUAUUGCGGCAAAUGUUCCGGUGGAAAAGCUCCAGAAAACACCGAGCUUGAUGAAGUUCUUCAUCUACGCAAUAUCAGCAAUAACGUUUUUCCUAUGCAUUCUAAGUUUGGCGUACUUUUACGCACGAAAAUCACGCUCCAAUGUGUUGGCGCGUUUGAAGGAGAAAUCGCAAAAGAGUGGCUUCGAGGAUAUUCGAUUUUUGGCCGGUGAGGAAGAUCUGGAUUUUAACAUUACACAGACGCAAGAUGCGGAUGACGAUGCGAAAGGGGACAAGCAGCCGGCGCUGGAAGCAAAGCAAAGAACGGAAGUAAAGCGGUCUACGAAGGACACAAAGUCUGAAACGGAUCGACGAUCGCAUGGGUAUGACGUACAUGCGCAUGGACGCAAAGGAGAUGAGCGUUCCGAUAGUGAUGAUGAUUCGACGGACGAUGAACGUGGAGGACAUGGGAAAAAGAUACACUCAAAGACGAACAAAAAACCGUAUCAGAAAUAUGUAAAACACCAUGACGAGGAUAUGGAAUCGACCUUACUGUGAGGCGAUAAGCAGCAGUGGUGGCGCUGUGUCGCGGUCAACAUAACCGGAAUAGCAAUACGCUGGGAGAAAACCCGAUAAGAAAUUGGUGCCUUUUUGUUUGUUUGCCUGUUUUUUUAAAGCACUACAGGAAAUGCGAUGCGCAUAUGCGUGAUAAACAAAGGAAGCAAACGGAAUAGUGAACCAAUUACGGAAUGAAGUUUUAAAACGCAUUUGCAUUGCUCUUCGAACCGGAUUAUCAUUU